GCGGCGCCCAGGUCCCGGUGCGCUUUUGGACGUGGGUCUCUUCGGCGGCGGCUCGCGCGCGCCCUCCUCCCCUCUCCCCGGUCCGGGGCGCCGCCCGCGUGGAUGGGAUGGAAGCGGGUCCCUCGGGAGCAGCAGUUGCUGCAGGCACUUACCUGCCACCCCUCCAGCAGGUAUUUCAAGCUCCUCGUCGGCCUGGGAUAGGAACUGUUGGGAAGCCCAUCAAGCUCUUGGCCAAUUACUUUGAGGUGGACAUUCCCAAAAUCGAUGUCUAUCACUAUGAAGUUGACAUCAAGCCGGACAAGUGUCCACGCAGAGUCAACAGGGAGGUUGUGGAAUAUAUGGUACAACACUUCAAACCUCAGAUCUUUGGAGAUCGGAAACCGGUUUACGAUGGAAAGAAGAACAUCUACACCGUCACAGCUCUGCCUAUUGGUAACGAAAGGGUUGAUUUUGAGGUGACAAUUCCAGGGGAAGGCAAAGACCGAAUAUUUAAGGUCUCCAUUAAAUGGAUGGCCAUUGUGAGUUGGCGGAUGCUCCAUGAAGCUCUAGUGAGCGGGCAAAUCCCUGUUCCUUUGGAAUCUGUCCAGGCCCUUGAUGUCGCCAUGAGGCACCUGGCUUCCAUGAGGUACACUCCAGUAGGACGCUCCUUCUUCUCUCCCCCUGAAGGAUACUAUCACCCGCUGGGAGGAGGUCGGGAAGUCUGGUUUGGCUUCCAUCAGUCUGUCAGGCCUGCCAUGUGGAAGAUGAUGCUUAACAUAGACGUGUCUGCCACAGCGUUCUACAAGGCCCAACCGGUGAUUGAAUUCAUGUGUGAAGUGCUGGACAUCCGGAACAUCGACGAGCAGCCAAAGCCCCUGACCGACUCUCAGAGGGUUCGGUUCACAAAGGAAAUCAAAGGUUUGAAAGUGGAAGUUACUCACUGUGGACAAAUGAAGAGGAAAUACCGCGUCUGUAAUGUCACUCGGCGUCCAGCUAGUCACCAAACGUUUCCUUUGCAGCUGGAGAGCGGACAAACAGUGGAAUGCACCGUUGCACAAUACUUCAAGCAGAAGUACAACCUCCAGUUGAAGUACCCCCACCUGCCCUGUCUUCAAGUCGGCCAAGAGCAAAAACACACCUAUCUGCCUCUGGAGGUGUGUAACAUUGUGGCUGGCCAGCGGUGCAUCAAAAAACUGACAGACAAUCAGACGUCUACCAUGAUCAAAGCUACGGCGCGAUCUGCUCCUGACAGGCAAGAAGAAAUUAGUCGGUUGAUGAAAAAUGCCAGUUACAACCUGGAUCCAUACAUACAAGAGUUUGGCAUCAAAGUGAAAGAUGACAUGACCGAAGUGACCGGGCGGGUCUUGCCAGCCCCAAUUUUACAAUAUGGAGGCCGGAAUCGUGCCAUCGCCACGCCCAAUCAGGGGGUCUGGGAUAUGCGAGGGAAGCAGUUCUACAAUGGGAUCGAGAUCAAAGUGUGGGCCAUCGCGUGCUUUGCCCCUCAGAAGCAGUGCAGAGAAGAAGUGCUAAAGAACUUUACGGACCAGCUGCGCAAAAUUUCUAAGGACGCAGGGAUGCCAAUCCAGGGCCAGCCUUGCUUCUGUAAAUACGCCCAAGGUGCUGACAGUGUGGAGCCCAUGUUCCGACACCUUAAAAACACAUAUUCAGGACUCCAGCUCAUCAUCGUCAUCUUGCCGGGAAAGACACCGGUGUAUGCGGAGGUGAAGCGUGUAGGGGACACCCUUCUGGGCAUGGCCACUCAAUGUGUGCAGGUCAAAAAUGUGGUGAAGACUUCCCCCCAGACUCUUUCCAACCUCUGUCUCAAGAUCAAUGUGAAACUUGGAGGAAUUAACAAUAUCUUGGUGCCCCAUCAGCGAUCUGCAGUUUUUCAGCAGCCGGUUAUAUUCCUGGGAGCUGAUGUGACUCAUCCUCCAGCUGGUGAUGGAAAGAAGCCAUCCAUAACAGCUGUGGUGGGCAGCAUGGAUGCCCACCCAAGCCGCUACUGUGCCACGGUUCGGGUACAGCGGCCACGCCAGGAAAUCAUUGAAGACCUUUCCUACAUGGUUCGAGAACUCCUCAUCCAGUUCUACAAGUCCACACGCUUCAAACCGACACGCAUUAUCUUCUACCGGGAUGGUGUGCCUGAGGGACAGCUGCCACAGAUCCUCCACUAUGAGCUUCUGGCCAUCCGGGAUGCCUGCAUCAAACUGGAGAAGGAUUACCAGCCGGGCAUCACCUACAUUGUGGUUCAGAAAAGACAUCACACUCGCCUCUUCUGUGCAGACAAGAAUGAGAGGAUUGGCAAAAGUGGAAACAUACCAGCAGGAACUACUGUCGAUACGAACAUUACUCACCCUUUUGAGUUUGACUUCUACCUGUGCAGCCAUGCCGGCAUUCAGGGUACCAGCAGACCCUCCCAUUACUAUGUGCUUUGGGACGAUAACCGGUUCACAGCAGAUGAGCUUCAAAUUCUCACCUACCAGCUUUGCCAUACCUACGUCCGUUGUACCCGCUCUGUUUCUAUCCCAGCACCAGCAUACUAUGCCCGAUUGGUGGCCUUCCGGGCGCGAUAUCACCUUGUAGACAAAGAGCAUGACAGUGGAGAAGGCAGUCACAUCUCCGGCCAGAGCAAUGGCCGAGACCCUCAAGCUCUCGCCAAGGCUGUGCAGGUUCAUCAGGACACUUUACGUACCAUGUACUUUGCUUGAAAGCCCAACAUUUUUACCUCACUCCAGAAAGCUUUCCGAUUUGUAGGAGCCAUACAAAAAAGAGAGAGAGAAAGAAG